AUGAUGGCCAUGAACACCAAGCAGCCUUUCGGCAUGCACCCGGUGCUUCAAGAACCCAAAUUCUCCAGCCUGCACUCCGGCUCCGAGGCCAUGCGCCGAGUCUGUCUCCCAGCCCCGCAGCUGCAGGGUAAUAUAUUUGGAGGCUUUGAUGAGAGCCUGCUGGCACGCGCCGAAGCUCUGGCGGCUGUGGAUAUCGUCUCCCACGGCAAGAACCAUCCAUUCAAGCCCGACGCCACCUACCAUACCAUGAGCAGCGUGCCCUGUACGUCCACUUCGUCCACCGUGCCCAUCUCCCACCCGGCCGCGCUCACCUCGCACCCACACCACGCGGUGCACCAGGGCCUCGAGGGCGACCUGCUGGAGCACAUCUCGCCCACGCUGAGCGUGAGCGGCUUGGGUGCCCCGGAGCACUCGGUGAUGCCGGCGCAGAUCCACCCGCACCACCUGGGCGCCAUGGGCCACCUGCACCAGGCCAUGGGCAUGAGUCACCCACACGCCGUGGCGCCUCACAGCGCCAUGCCCACAUGCCUCAGCGACGUGGAGUCGGACCCGCGAGAGCUCGAGGCCUUCGCCGAGCGCUUCAAGCAGCGGCGCAUCAAGCUAGGGGUGACCCAGGCGGACGUGGGCGCGGCUCUAGCCAACCUCAAGAUUCCCGGCGUAGGCUCGCUCAGUCAGAGCACCAUCUGCAGGUUCGAAUCUCUCACUCUCUCGCACAACAAUAUGAUCGCGCUCAAGCCAGUGCUCCAGGCGUGGCUGGAGGAAGCCGAGGCAGCCUACCGAGAGAAAAACAGCAAGCCGGAGCUCUUCAACGGCAGUGAGAGAAAGCGCAAACGCACGUCCAUUGCGGCGCCGGAGAAGCGCUCACUCGAGGCCUACUUCGCUAUCCAGCCGCGACCCUCCUCCGAGAAGAUUGCGGCCAUCGCUGAGAAACUGGACCUUAAAAAGAACGUGGUGAGGGUCUGGUUCUGCAAUCAGAGACAGAAACAGAAACGAAUGAAGUACUCAGCUGUCCACUGACUGCGGUGGGGCGCAGCGUCCGGGGCCGGGAGAGCUGAGUGUACGUCCUGGGGGGAACGGUUAUAGGGGACUCCAGGACAUUUCCUGGCAGGUCAGGUUCUCUCCCCUGAAGCCACAGACUUUCCCCUUUAUCCCGCCAGGUUGCCUCCCGGCCUUCUCUUUAUGUUUUUUCCUUCCUAUUCCCACCAGAAAAGUUUUGGCACUAAGAAAAAAAUUCAUGAAAGGCAGGCCUGGAGGGAGUAGUGCUGUCCGUGGUGCUGAAAAUCACCCUCGCGGGCCGGACUGUGCGACCUCAGGGCAGGAGCCUAAACGCAGGGGAUAGUGAAUUGGCCUGCCCGCACGACUAUGUGGUCAAGGCGCCACUUUGCUAAGAGCAAUUAGGCAAGCGGUGAAGGGAUGGGAAGGAAGUGAUAAAUAAUAACACAAAGUCUAACUGGGGCACAAACGUACUGGAGAUUUAUUUAGAAUAUAUAAAAUACAUGUAUGUUUCCAAAGGAUAGCCUUAUACUCCUUUCCCCGCCUAAAUUUUAUCCCCCUCAUCCUUUGGUCUGCUGUAAGUUCUCUAAGGUGGCAUGGAUUAGGUUCAGGGAUAGGGUGCGGGGAGUUGGGGUUCCGAGCUGUUCUCCGGGUAAGUCGGGCUUCA